ACCUGCCGAGGGCUGAGCUACUCAACCUGGGCUGGAAGGAGGCUGAGGGACCUGGGCAAGCAGGUGAACCUGGGCCGCGGAGUACUGUGGGGCGUCGCCUGUAGAAAGCAAUGCUUGGAGCAAGAUUCUCGGUGGACACAGCGUUCUGUGGGGGUAUCAGAAAUUCUUUGUUUUGAAAAAGAGCUUUGCAUCACCUUAGCUAGUGAAUACUCCUGGAGGGUUCACAAGUUUCCUGCCACGCUAAGAAGGACCUGAUGACUGAGGAAAGACCUUGGGUUAAGAGGAGUGUUAAUACAUCAUUCUGAAGAAUCUUCUCCAACAUGACUUCCUUCUAUAGGAACCAAGGAUAUGAAGAAGAUCCUGAUUAUCCAGACUUUCCCAAUUCUAGAGCAAAUCUAGGUUCUCAGAACAGUCCAAGCUAUUCAUAUUCCAGGAAAAAUGUAGAUAACCGGAAGUCCCAGGACAAUGCAAAGCAUUCAAACACUCACAAUUAUCCGGACUACCCUAAUGACAUGAACAGUCCAGAUUAUUCUGGGGACCAGGACUAUCCAGACAAUUUAAGAUUCAGGAAUCAUCAGGAAUAUCCAGGCUCCUAUCCAAAUAUGAACUUUUCAAGAUCCCAGAAUACUCCUGACUAUUUACAUCCUAGGGAUAGUUCCCAUCAUUCAAGGUCCAGACGUAAUCCAGACUCCCUGGACUUCCCAGUAACUCCAGAUCAUUCUGGGGCCAAGGACUAUGGAAACUUCAGAGAGAGUCCAGAUUAUCGUGUUGGAAGCAAUGCUUCUAGUUCAAAUCCCAAGAACUAUCCAGAUCGCCUAAAUUCUCUGGGCAUUUCAGAUUACAGGGGUGUAGGCUCCAGAAACAAUCCAGACUUUUUAAGAACCAGAAAUAAUCAGAGCUAUCCAGAGUCACUGGGAAUUUCAGACUAUCAAGGUGCUGAAGACAACCUGGUCUCUCCAGAUAAUGGGGGGAGUGCAUAUUACCAAGGAAGUCAGAACAAUCAUGGUUACUCCUUUGCGGAAAAUCCAGAAAUGGACAGAGGGUUGCGCAAUAGAGCCCUUCAGAGGGACCCUUCCUUCCAUCAUCCUCAUGACAGGACAUCAGGUUCCCCUGGGAGAAGGAAUCAAGAUUACCCAGAAUCCUUCCAAAUGACUACAAGGCAGCCUAUGUCUCCGUAUAUCCAACACCCUGGGCCAGAUCCCGAUGGCGGAUACAGAAACCGUGCCUACGAGGAUGAAAGCAGGCUAGAUGGAGCUUAUGGAAACCAGUACUUGGGAAGAGAAGACACAGGAGAAACAGUGUUGAACAUCCCCAUUUCCAAAAUGCCAAGGUCUCUGUGGCCUAGUUCAUCCCAAAACAAAGGGCAGAAAAGUGUUAUUAACCUUGGCAAAAUUUCACCGGAUAUAGAAAUUGAAAUGACAGAGGAUGAGCCUGCUAAGGAUCCAGCCUCCAAAAAGGAGAGUCGAUUAAGCAGGUUUUCAAAUUCCAUCUCCGUAACUUUUUCUCAGGCUUUUCACAACCGUGAUUACUCAACUAAGUUCUCUGGGACUUAUUCAAAUGUAAUAGUUAAUUAUGUUGGAGGGAAAAGGAACUGGUUUGAUGAAGAUCUUACUUUACUGUAUGCUGCUGAAAAAACAAAGCAAGAGGAAAGAUUGGUUGUAUCUCUUAUAAACUUAACAAGUAGAGAUGCAAACAAAAUCAUCCGGGAACAACCACUGACCAUGCAGGAAAAGAGGAAAAUUAAAGAAAAUGUCAAUUUGGAGAAACAGCGGUCAAUCAGAUUUUCAGUUCAGUUAAAUUGUUGUACCAAGUGCCUGAGUACAAUAUUCCUGCAUUUUCGGCGUUUUAGAGGCACAGUGUCGGAAUUUUUCCAAUCGAUGCAGGUGUGGCAGAGGACCCUGAAGAUCAUUGGUGGCAAAUUUGGAACAAGCGUUCUCUCAUACUUCAGUUUUCUGACGUGGCUCCUUAAGUUUAACAUUCUCUCAUUUAUCGUGAACUUUAGCUUCAUCACCAUCCCUCAGCUCAUGGAGUCAAAACCAAACAAUCUUUCCUUCAACAGUCUGGAGCUUCUCACUGGAGCAGGUUAUUUUCAACAAACAGUAUUGUACUAUGGCUUUUAUACCAAUUCAACUAUCAUGCGUAAAGGAAUCAGCAGUUCUUACAACAUGCAACUGGCAUAUAUUUUCACCAUUGGACUGUACUUGGUCAUCUGCUUCUUUUGCUUACUCUAUAGCAUGGCUUGCUCUUUCCGGAAUAACUUCAUUAACCCGCACAUCUACUCCAGAGGGACUGCUAAGGUUGUCUUUUCCUGGGACUUCACCAUCACCAAUGAGAAAGCUGUGAAGCUAAAGCAAAGAAACCUUACCACUGAGAUCAAGGAGACUCUGUCAGAAAUCCGGCAUGAGAAUGUGAUCGCACCUCUCAAGCAGAGAAUGAAUCAUCUUGGCAUCCACCUGGGGGCCUGGAUUGUUUCCACAGGAGUAGCUAUUGCCUGCUGUGUGGCUGUUUAUUACCUCUCUUUUUACAACCUAAAGUUUCUGACAGACCACAAGAACCAGACAGCCACUUUAUUGCUACCUUUUAUUGUGUGCUGCAUUAAUCUCUUUGUACCACUGUUUUACUCCUCUUUUGGACUGGUGGAAAAGUUUGAAAUUCCUCGACAUCAGGUCUUCGUUAUCAUUACCAGGAAUAUUUUCCUGAAAAUAUCCAUCAUUGGGAUUCUUUGUUAUUAUUGGCUCAAUGCUGUGGCAAUUUCCAAGAAAGAGUGCUGGGAAACACUUGUUGGACAGGAUAUCUACCGACUCCUUAUGAUGAAUUUUGUGUUUACUUUAUUUGAUUCCUUUUGUGGGGAGUUUUUGAGAAGAAUCAUUGGGACUAAAUUAAUUAAAAGCCUUGGUGUGCCGGAGUUUGACAUUGCCAGGAAUGUUUUGGAACUGAUCUACACACAGACCCUGCUGUGGAUUGGCAUAUUCUUCUCCCCUCUACUGCCCUUCAUUCACAUGAUCACCCUCUUCAUCAUGUUUCAUAUCAAAAAAAUCAGCUUAAUGAUGAACUGUCAGCCUCCAAGCAAAGCCUGGCGUGCUUCUCAGAUGAUGACUCUUUUUAUCUUCCUCCUGUUUUUCCCAUCUUUUACUGGAGUGCUAUGUGUCCUAGCCAUCACUGUCUGGAGGUUGAAGCCUUCGGAUAACUGUGGUCCUUUCCAAGGUCUCCCUUCCAUCAUCCAUGCCAUCUACGGAUGGAUUGAGAUACUCAGCAGCAAACCUGGCUACUUAUGGGUGGUGUGGAUUUAUCGGAAUCUCAUCGGAAGUGUGCAUUUCUUCUUCAUCCUCACUGUCAUUGUCCUGAUUAUCACAUACCUUUACUGGCAGAUAAUCGAGGGAAGAAAGAUCAUGAUCAAACUUCUACAUGAACAGAUCAUCAAUGAGGGAAAAGACAAGGUAUUUCUUGUGGAGAAGCUUUUAAAGGUCCAGGAGGCCCAGAAGAAACCAAGUCCUUUCUCACUGUCUCUAGAAAGAAGGGAAGUUGAGAGGGAAUCUGGUACAAGCCUGGAUAGGGUGGCAGCAGAUGUACCAGAGAGAAGCAGGUAUUUUCAGAGGCAGAAUUUGGAAUUAAUGGAAGAAAAUUACCUUAACAAUGACACAAGAGAAGAAAUAUCUGAAGAGCCAUCUCAAGCCCUAAACCUUGCCAUGUUGGCCAGACAACAGGCAGAAAUGGAGACAUGAAGAAGUAUAAAAGUGUUUACAAUUCACACAAAUUUCUGAGCUUUUUGCCAGAAGUAUAUCAACCAUUUGCAGAAAUAUACAUGUUGGAAAACUGAGGAUCAUCAGCAAUGAAAAUAACAAAGUAAAAUGGGAAAGUUCCUUGC